AUGGUCAGGGUUGCGCCAACUUUUGACAUUGAUUUUGACUAUCAGCCCAUCUGUCAAUCUCAAAAGACUGUACCCUCAGCUCAGCCUGCCAAAAAGAUUACACUUGAAGAGCUCCCUACACUUCAAGGCAAUCAGAAAGUGAACGUCACUGCUUCAAUUUCACUGGGAAAUGAAAAGGCUAAACCAGUUCAACUGAAAACAUCAAAGGAGAUGACAUUAGUCAAGGAGAAUUGUGUUCUAGAAGAUGAAACUGGAACUGCAACUAUUCAUGUAUGGGAUCCACUUAUUAACCAGAUCAAAAGUGACACCACAUAUGUGAUUGACAACCUUACUGUAAAACACUUCCAAGGAAUCACCCAUUUAGGAACAAGACGCACAACAACCUUUCAAGAGGCCGAUCAUCAGCUGAAAACUCUAAAUGGCCCUGCAUUACUCCAAAAUCCUGAGAAAGAAGCAAAAGUACAGAGAUUUAAGAUGAUAAACAAACUAAGUAUUUAUAUUAACUGCCAAGCAUGCAAACGAAAAAUUAACGAAAUGUCCCAACAGAAAUCACUCAAAUGUAAAAACUGUGGAGUACGACAGAGGCAAGCAGAGUGCAAGCGAGAUGCAUCUAUGCAACUACUUGUACAUUUGGAUGACAAAGAUGUGUGGUUAACAGCAUUUACAGAUGUUCUGGAGUCCCUAUUCGCCACCCACUCAACUAUCUCCUUACUAAGUGACUCAGAUACCAUUGAAGAACUGUUAAUGGAUAUAACAGACAUUGAGUUCACAUACAAU